GUACAUUUGAGGAAGAGAGAGAGAGAGGGGGCAUCAUCGUCGCACUCUUAUCGAGAGAGAUUUCUGCAACCCAUGAGAGAGUGGGAGAGAGAGAGGGAGGGAGAUGUGGACUCUUCGAUUCUUUUACGGUGCAUACCAUCUCAGUGCAAGUGCUGUAGAGAAGGGGAUAUAUGUUGCCCGGUUGCUGCCUGGGAUUGUGCCUAAAGCCCUCAGGUUAUUGGUCUGCCAUGCACUCGUCUUGGUGAGACAAACAUGAAGCCUGCGUGAGACUUCUUCGGUGAGGAGAGCAGUUAAUUUGAAGCCGCGGUGGGUGGGCAUCCGUCUCCCAUGCCCGUCGAGGGCGCGCCGGCGAUGGCAGCAGAGGACGCGGGCGACCGCGACAUCGUCGAAUGGUUCGAGGCCGCCGCCGAGACCGCGGGCGCCGUCCAGUCGCAGACGCUCCACCGUAUCGUCGAGAGCAACGUCGGCUCCGAGUACCUUCGGAGGUGGCUCGGCGGCGACCUCCGCGUCCACGACUUGAGCCCCGCGGAGCUCGAGUCCCUGUUCACGUCCGCUGUCCCGCUCGCCUCCCAUGCAGACCUCGAGCCCUACAUCCAGCGGAUCGCCCAUGGCGAUGCCUCGCCUGUCCUCACCCAGCAGCCCAUCACCAUGCUCUCCCUCAGCUCUGGAACCACAGAUGGCAGGCCAAAGUAUGUGCCCUUCACACGCUUCAGCUCCCAGUCUACACUUCAGAUCUUUAGGCUCGCAGCUGCAUACAGAUCGAGGGUGUUUCCGAUAAGGUCUGGAGGCAGGAUCCUGGAGUUCAUCUACAGCAGCAAGCAGUUCCAGACCAAGGGCGGGCUCAUGGCAGGAACAGCGACCACCCACUACUUCGCAAGCCAAGAGUUCGAGACGAAGCAGAGGACCACCAAGUGCUUCACCUGCAGCCCGUUCGAAGUGAUCUCAGCGGGAGACUACAAGCAGUCCACCUACUGCCACCUCCUCUUCGGCCUGCUCUUCCAUAACGAGGUGGAGUUCGUGGCCUCCACCUUUGCCUACAGCAUAGUCCAAGCUCUGACGGCCUUUGAGGACCUGUGGGAGGAGCUGUGCGAGGACAUCAGACAAGGGACCCUUAGCUCCAAUAUCACCUUGCCGACGAUGAGGAAAGCUGUACUGGAGCACCUUAUGCCCAACCCAUCUCUGGCGUCCAAGAUCGAGAGGGACUGCGAAGAGCUGAGAAGCUCGGGCUGGUGCGGGUUGAUUCCUCACCUGUGGCCUAACGCCAAGUACAUCUACUCCAUAAUGACGGGAUCGAUGCAGCCCUACUUGAGGAAGCUGAGGCAUUAUGCAGGAGAGGUGCCACUGGUUUGUGCCGAGUAUGGGUCCACGGAGAGCUGGAUUGGGGUGAACUUGGAGCCGUUGAAUCCUCCGGAGAGAGUGGCUUUUACGGUGAUUCCUACCUUCUCUUACUUCGAGUUCAUCCCUCUGUACAAGCAGCAGAAGCAAGAUAGCUGCAGCACUAUGGUGAUUCCUGAUGACUUCGUGGAAGGCCAACCGGUGCCCCUGUGCAAGGUCUCCGUCGGGCAGCAAUAUGAGAUCGUCCUAACCACUUUCACAGGUCUCUACAGAUACAGGUUGGGAGAUGUGGUGGAGGUUGCAGGCUUCUACAAAGGUGCCCCGCAGCUAACUUUUGUCUGCAGGAGAAAGCUCAUCCUGACGGUGAACAUCGACAAAAACACAGAGAGGGACCUGCAACUCGCGGUGGAGAAGGGGAGCGGCCUCCUGAGCCGGACCAAGGCUGAGUUGGUGGACUUCACCAGCCACGCCGACGUGGCGCACCACCCGGGCCACUACAUCAUAUACUGGGAGAUCAAGGGCGAGGUGGAGGAGGGCGUCCUCCGGGAGUGCUGCCGCGAGAUGGACGCGGCCUUCGUCGAUCAGGGCUACGUGGUGUCCCGGAAGACGAGCUCCAUCGGGCCGCUGGAGCUGCGGAUCGUGGAGACCGGCACGUUUCGAAAGAUAAUGGAGCACUUCAUCGGCAACGGCACCGCCAUGAGCCAGUUCAAGACGCCAAGGUGCACUACCAACCAGGUGCUGCUCAGCAUACUCGACUGCUGCACCGUCAAGAGCUUCCGGAGCACGGCAUACGCGCCAUAGCAAGUUUCCAGCCGAGGAAGAAGCUCGAGGCUCCUGCAAUUAGCCCAACGACUGUAGCUACAUUGAAGAAGACUGUGAUGCUACCAGCCAAGACUGCAUUGAUUUAAGAGUAGACAAAUCGUUUGCACUGUCUCUCUCUCUCUCUCUCUCUCUCUGUAUAUAUAUGUUAUAUUUGCAUUAGCUGCUUGGAUGGCCGGACUUUUGUCCCUUGUUCACCUCAUUAACGUCCGAGGUAAAGUGGGUCGUUUGCUCUGCUUCUGGCAAGCAGUGAUUAAACAUUUGACUACUACCCAUAUAUGUUGACCUUCAAAAUAAUCUUUUGACCAA